GGUGUUAGUACAUAGUAGGCUGAGCUCGCGUUAGCAACGUACGCGAGUGCCUACUGCGUUGUUUUCUGCUCACACUUGUCAGUACCGCCAGCCGUGUGAGUGCGAGCAACGAGUGUUUUAUAGUGCAUGGGUUGUCGUGGUGAGUUUUCCUCAGCGCUUUUCCAGAAUACAUACUUUCGCCGUCCGGAAAACUGUCGCUCGCCGGUCAGACGUUUUGCGGUGCUUGAAGUGGUUACAUCCUCCUCCAGAAUUGAACGAAGAGAUUUUGGAUGAAAAGUGACUGUGUUCAACAAAAGUGAUUUAUUAGCAGAGCAUCGACAGGAGUUGGUACAAAUUCGUUUGCGUAUAUAAUUACAAGGCAAAUUGCUUCAGCGGUGGGAAGCGGUUAGAAACAAUAGUCAACCAUUGGAACAGACGGUGGGUUUUUCUUCGUCGAUGCAUCGAAACAGAAAUAAUCCUUUUGAUUAGGAUUUUCACCGUUUGCUUCCCACGUUCUCAGAUGUAACAUUCUAUUUGUUAUUUGUCAAUUGACCGAAUUAACUCAUCGUGGGAACCGAGGAUUUCCAAGUCUAAUACACAUCCAAGCAGGCCAAACAAGCAAGUGCAUUUCCAUAACUAAUGAUCAGUCACCAAGUAGCAGGUGUGAUCUGGUAGUUGUCAUUAUAGGCUAGCAAAACGAUAAGUUCAAAAUCCAAGUGUAUACCUCCGCGGUUGUUAUCAGGUUGAGUUGUAAUCUUGAACGCUGCUAUCUCGCAUUUAGUGGCAUACAGUGUCGUGCAAAAAUACCAAUACAUUUACCGAUUGGCCACUUUGGGCAGGUGGAAUUGUGAUAAUUGUUCAACGGGAUUUGAAGUGGACGCAGCAAACAUUGAUUCCCGUUUUCUUCGGAUCGAACUGACGUCAAUCAACUGCCGAGAAACUACAACUAUUUAUAUUGCCGCUGUAAUUGUAUGAAUUUGACGAUAGACUUUCAAAAAUGAAGCAAUCAUUUGGUGGUGGUUAAGCACAUCUUUAAACAACAAUUUAAACCAAAAGAAACAAAGAACAAGUUCCUAGUGUACAAUCAUUGAUAAGGAAAAAAACGUUAAUUGUUUGUGAAAUCAAUCCGACGAGUGUAAUAAAAAAAAAAGAAAAUCUAGAAGUGAUAUUACUCCGUGUUGAUUGUCCUUUAAGAAAACAAAUCAAAGCAGGCGCUAAUCAGCUAGCCAUGGGACCAAACGACAACAACGCUAUAGAAGAUGAUCCAAGUCUGCCGGAUUUGCCGAAUAACCUCAUAGUAGCGGAUGACAUUUUGGAUCUAAUCAUUGACAUAAUCGACCAAGAGAUGCCACCGACAGCGCCAGAAAAACCGUACGUCAUCCUCACCGAGCAGCCACAGUCGAAAGCUCUUCGGUUUCGGUAUGAGUGUGAAGGACGUUCAGCCGGGUCGAUUCCCGGUGUACACAGCACUCCGGAGCAGAAGACUUUCCCGAGCAUCGAAAUCCAUGGCUACAAGGGCCGAGCAGUGGUGGUGGUGUCCUGUGUCACCAAGGAUCCACCCUAUCGACCCCAUCCGCACAAUCUGGUCGGCAAAGAAGGCUGCAAGAAGGGUGUCUGCACGGUGGAGAUCAACAGCAGUACCAUGAGCUAUACCUUUAGCAAUCUGGGAAUCCAGUGCGUCAAAAAGAAGGAUAUCGAAGAAGCACUCCGCUUACGGGAGGAAAUCCGGGUGGAUCCGUUUAAAACUGGAUACGGCCACGCCAGGCAACCUGCCACCAUCGAUCUCAAUGCCAUCCGCCUCUGUUUCCAGGUAUUCUUGGAAGGUCAACAGCGGGGUCGGUUCACGGAACCGUUGCAGCCAGUUGUGUCCGAUGUGAUCUACGAUAAGAAAGCGAUGUCCGAUCUGGUGAUCUGUAAGUUAAGCGACGUUACCGCCCCGAUAGCCGGUGGCAGAGAGAUUAUUCUACUGUGUGAGAAGGUCGCCAAAGAGGACAUUGCCGUGCGGUUUUACGAAGAACAGCACGGUAACAUCGUGUGGGAGGACUACGGUGAGUUUCAGCAUACCAACGUGCACAAACAGGUGGCCAUCUGCUUCCGAACGCCACGAUACCGAACGUUGGAGGUUGAACAAUCUGUCAUGGUGAACAUCCAGUUAAAGAGGCCAUCGGACGGUGCUACCAGCGAGCCGCUGCCAUUCGAGUUGGUGCCACUAGACUCAGGUAGGCGUAGAUUCUGGGCACUUCAGCGUGAUGUACUUAAGAAUGACUCUCCGGAAAACGAGGUCUUCAAGAAGAUCCUUCUGGAGAGUGCUGUUCAGGUGGAGAAAAAGACUCCCCCAAUCCAGGAAUCCGAUGAAGUCAUUGUGUUGGAUACUCCGAUAGCCGAGAACAAACCGAUCGUGACGGAACAGAUCCCCAGCGAUCAGAAAACGACCGAAUGGAUCGAGCGAAACGAAUUCGACGACGUUAACAAUAAUAGCGUGGUUUCCAGCGACGACAAUCAGUUGUUCUCGAACGUAUCCAUUGAACAGCAGGUUCCGAAAGAGGACGAAGACAAAACUCUGAACGAACUGCUGGAACAGGUGGCGGAACUAGACGAGAUCUACACUGACCAUCAACUUCGUCGCGAAAAUAUGAUCAUUGAGAAUGAGUUGAAGAACUUGGAGAAGACCGUUCCUACCGGUCUGGUUGAGAAUGGGGAUAAGAUGGAUAUCGACGACGUCUUUGAUGAUGCAGCCACAUACACUAGUCUGCAACGUGCCUUCAAGAAUCCGGUUUCACUCUCUUUAGGUCCCCCGGUUCCACCUCGGCCUCAUUUUCAGCUAGAACUGGAGCCUGGUGUCUACGAUGCCGUAGAGCCCAUGCUCAUCUGUCCACCCAUGAUUGAAGUUAGCUCAUUAAAACGCGAAAGCAAAGAAGAUGAAAAACUUCCUCCUCUUCCUCCGAAACGUGCUAAACCCAGUUCUCAGAAUAAGGAAAAUGCCAUCGUCGAUACCGGUGACGAAGCUAUUCUCCACAGUAUCAUUCGCAAGGGUUCUAUGCGCAGUCUCACCCCACGUCCCCAGUCAGAUCAGAUUAUCAUUAUGAAAUCUCCCGACAGUCCCCCCAAUAAGAAACUUCCUCCUACUCCUCCUGCCUCACCUACUAAGAAUGAGUACGGCACGUUACCCAAAAGUAAGAAACCAGGCUUCUUCUCGAAAUUGUUCUCUCGCAAGAAGAGCAAAUCCGAUCUUUCCGCCAGUACAACCACUCUGACGCAGAAGAGCACCUCAGGUGCUUCGAAAGAACCAAGCUUGGCUAACUUUAAGUCAAACGAUUGCAGUCGUGACUCGGUACGUAGCAAGGCUUCAGUUGUUGAAAAGGGUGGCGAAAAGCGGAAAGCUGGUAAACCAGUCGCGCGCAGCGUGAGCAGCGUUUCCUGCAAGCGUCCGACCACCGAGUCCAAUCCAGAUGUUAUCUACAUCCCAUUGAAGGGCGAUGGUCCCACGACUAAUCUAAUUGCUCGUACUGGCAGUGGUACGCAUCUUUCCCUGCCGGGAAACGAUUCAUACGAACGGGCCAGUACAGCUUCUCUUCCACCCUUGGAUCGAAAGACGGUCAGUGCCCUGCAGCUGGACGUACCGAUGCAGGAUGGCAAUUUGGAACUCGUAGCCAUUGCCGAUGCUCGAAGUAUAAAAAAUCUAGUCGAAGGAGACUACGGCAUCAAACUGGAUCCCAGUGUAGAUCUAACCGAGGCUGAACACUUUGCUCUCUACACCUCAAUAGCGCCCAAUGCUUCACUCAGCGAGUUUGACGAAACCUCCGCCUAUUACGCCUCAGUUGAACCCGGUCCACUUUCACACUUACGCCCUAACAGUACAGCAUACAGCGCAGACGUCUAA